AUGGAGAAGCUAUCCAAGGGCCUCUCAAAGGCCAAAGAAGAUGCUGUGACGAGCUAUCGUACAGAUGCCAACUACAACAGGGUCAAGCGCUGGGCUGGCCCUAUUGCUCGCCGCAUCCCCUCUGCCGCGGCUGAGUAUCUCUUCGAAAAGCUUCCCAUUGUCCAAUGGUUGCCCAGAUACGAUCCCAAAUGGCUGCUGAACGACUUCAUUGCCGGCAUCACGGUCGGUGUCAUGUUUGUGCCGCAGGGCAUCUCUUAUGCCAAGAUUGCCACUAUUCCAGUGGUCCAUGGUCUCUAUUCCGCCUGGAUUCCAUCUUUGCUUUACCUCUUCAUGGGUACAUCGAAAGAAUCUCUCAUCUGCUUCAGUUUUGCUGACGCGUGUUGUUCCAUUUGCAGAGGUGUCUACUGGCCCAACAUCGUUGCUUCGGCCGUGGCCUUUAUGGUUGGCGUCUACGCUCUGAUUGUUGGUGCUCUCAAACUCGGUUUCCUCCUCGAUUUCGUCAGCGGACCAGUCUUGACUGGCUGGAUUUCGGCCGUUGCCUUGGUCAUUUUGCUUGGACAAGUCGGCUCUCUCGUCGGUCUUACGGUCGGUUCUACAACUGUCGAAAUCAUUCGCGGUGUGCUUGGUCAUCUUGACAAGAUCAAGGGAAUGACGGCCUGCAUUGGUUUGACUGGUAUUGCAAUGCUUCUCGUCUUUGAGCAUGUUGGCAAGACUCUUGGUAAGAAGAACAAGUGGAUCAAAUUUGUCUGCACCAGCCGAGCAGCAGUUGUUCUUGUCAUCUACACCUUGAUCUCCUGGGGCGUUAACAAGGAUCGCGCUGAGCCUGAUUAUAUGUGGGCUGUGACCGAGAUCAAGUCCAACGGUCUUGCCAAGGCUAAGUCUCAUGAUACUGCCCUUCUCGCUAAAGUGGCUGGUCGAGCUGUUGCCCCAUUCAUCGCCAUGUCCAUCGAACAUCUGGGUGUUGGAAAGGCCUUUGGUCUGCGAAACGGAUAUGAUAUUGACCGCUCUCAAGAGCUGUUGUUCCUUGGAACCGCCAACAUGGUUGCCAGUAUUCAAGGCUCGAUGGCGUCUGGAGGUGCCAUGAGCCGCACAGCCGUUUCCAGCGAGGCCGGUUCCAGGUCUCCUCUCAACUUUAUCUUUACUGCUGGAUUUGUUCUCUUGACACUCUACGAACUUGCCCCGGCUCUGUACUGGAUUCCAAAGGCCACUCUUUCCGCUAUCAUCAUUAUGGCUGUCGCUCAUCUCGUCUCGCCUCCCAAGCUCUUUUACCGAUACUGGAGAAUCAGCUUCAUCGACUUUGUUGCUUCCAUGCUAGGUUUCUGGGUGACACUCUUCACUUCCACUGAGAUUGGACUGGCCGUGUCCGUUGGCUUCAGUCUGGUUUAUACCCUUCUCAGGCUUGCUUUCCCUCAAUUGGUCAAAGUUUCCCAUUCACAGACUGAGAACAACCACUGGACGCUCUCAAAGAGCCGCCCCAAUGACUCGGAGAUUGAUGUUCCCCCUGAGGCGUACUUGGUCAGAUUUACAAACGACCUCCUGUUCCCCAACGCCGAACGUCUCAAGAACUCGAUUGUUGAUGACAUCAAGGUCCGCUACUCACCCACCACGGAAAUGGCACAGGCCGCCGAGCAAAACCGAAUGUGGAACGACUCCACGAAACGCCGAGUUGCUAGGAUCCGUCACCGCGAAAACAUCUCGCCCAUCUCAACCGACGUUUCUCCUUUGCGCUACAUUGUACUUGACUUUGGAAUGAUUUCAUUUAUCGACACAACCGGCGUUCUACUGCUCAUUGAGUUAAAGAUGGCUCUACGCAAGUACUUGGGCAAGGAGUUGCAGUUCCGCUUUGUCAACAUGGCCCCACAGGUUCUGGAAAGGUUUACUCGCUCAGAAUGGGAGUUCGCUCGUGAAGGUGAACAGAGAACCGGAAAUGAAGACGUCAUCUACUCCUCCUUUGAGGUUGCUCUUUUGCAUCGCGACGGAGACGAGAAAGACGAGAAGGUUGAGUUUGUGGAGAAGACGCUGGAUGUGUAA